GUCGCUCCCCGCCCUCCUCCUUUGGUCGCCGGGUAACGCUCCGUCCCCGCGGCCCGGCCCGGCCCGGCCCGGCGGCUCCGCCAUGGCGCAGCCCAGCCCGGGCGUGCCCCGGCGCUUCGAGGAGCUCACCUUCUACCGCGGCUACGGGCAGCCGCCGGCUCACCCCCGAUUCCGGACCGCCAACCAGACCUACGGCAGCAGGGCCCCCACGGUGCACGAGCUGCCGAGCUCCUUCCACAUCGUCUCGCACAAGUUUUCGGAUCAUCUGGGCAGGAUUGGCAUGUGCAGGAGCGAGAGCCUGAACACGUCCCUGGAGAAGAGCCACUGCACCGGCCCCGACACCUUCAUCACCGCCUACGAGCACCUGGACUUCCACCCCAGCUACAACCCCAGCGGCCCCUCGCACUGCCGGGACCAGCCGCUGUAGGCAGCUUUGGUCUGCCUUAAAAACGCCCACAGCCAGCCUUGAUCCUGAAUGGACCCACUAGAUUGCAGAGGGGAUGUUAUUAGGAGUAAUAUAGUGAAGAUUUAAUGUGGUUAAGUGUCAGUUAGGUAGCUCAUGUGAAGCGUUUUAUCUAAUUUAUCAGCAGCAUAUAAAUACUAGGACAACAUAAAUUCUGUUUUUAUCCCCUUAUCCCCUUCUCUGUCACUAAUGAUCCUUUACACUCUUGCCUUAUUUACUACGUAUCAUUAAAAAUUAAGAUCCAAACUGCUUCUCUACUAUUUAAUGAAUAAUCAAUCUCAAAGUUUUCCAGAGUUAUUCAUUAACUCAUUGGAUUUCUUGUAGAAAGUUUGUGUUUCUUCUCUCUCCAAACUACAAAGUUUUAAGAAAUUAUUCAAAUAAUGACAAGUAAUAAAAAUUUUUUUUUUAAGUUUUAUUGCAACAACUGUAGGUACAGGCAAAGAAACUGCAUCAGUUCGACAGUGACUGCACUGAAAGAACACCUGAACAUUUUUGGCUUAAAAAUGAGUUUUUAAGAGAAACUACUCUGCCUGUUUAUGGAUAAGAAACAGUCCCACCUUACAGGUGUAACAGAACAUUAAAAAUGAGCAUAAUAUUAUUCAAACUGUUUGCUAAAAAUAUAAAUAAUGAGUGGAACAUUAUGUCUGAACUCCUGCAACUGAUACUCUUCACAUGUCAGAAACAUUCCCUGUUUGUGGCAUGUGGUAAGAGCUGGGUAGAUCCUCCAGCUGCAAACACACCAAAAAUAGUAAAUUGGAACAGGUAAAUAAACUGAGCAGAAAUGGGCCUGAAAAGUUAACAUUUCAAAGAUUUAACAUCUGAAAAUAAAUAAGCAACCCUCUUCCAUUUGCUGUGAUCCUCGUAUCAGACUCUAGACAAUACCUGGAGCUUCUUUAGAACUUCCCUUUCUUCUCCUGAAAUGAGAAAAUAACAAAGUGCUGCAUCAAUAGAAACAGUUGUGACAAUGUUACAUGUAUUUUUAUCCACAGAUUUUUCUGCAGGUGGCAUAAUUUAGGGAUAAGGCUGCCUCUCAAAAAUAUUAACAGAGUGGAUUCUGUCACAUAUUUUCCCACUCCAUCUGAAAACACCCACCUCUUCUUUCUUGCCUCAAUUUCCUCCAUUUUAAUUUUACUCUUGAA